UCACGGUCCCUUUAAACUUUACGGAGUAUGGCUGCGCUGGGCAGCGAUCAUCGGCUCAGCCACAAGCUGGUUUAUUGACAGAGGCGGACUCAUUCCGGCUAUGAGCGUCUUCACAGGUCUGUGUCGUUGAUGUGUGUGCCACGAUCGUCAUGGAAACCGCGGAGGCUACCACCGGCCUACGUUGCCGCAGAUGCAGAACUUGCGUGAUGGACUCUUCCAGCCUGCUCCAGAUGAGCACGGAGAGUGAUGCUGCAGCCAAAUGCAACAUUUGGCAUGUGAAUUUUGACCCCCUGCCUGACUGGAUCCACAGAGCCGUCCAUCAGGCCCAGUGGACAAGGGGGAAGCUGCUGUGUCCCCACUGUGGGGCUCGCCUGGGGGGCUUCGAUUUCCUGCGGCAAGCUUCUUGCCCCUGUGGCCGCCAGCUGACCGUACACCUCAGUGAAAGCCGGGUGGACCGCGACCACAGGCUGACCGCAAACCUCAGUGACAGCUGGGUGUACCGCAAUCGCAGGCAUCCCAGAGAGCUCCGACCGAGCAAGGAAGUGUGCCACCUGGAAGGUAUGCCUUUGAACAAGAGCCCCAUGGGGCUGACCGAGAACACCCAGAGCACAGCACCCCAGCUAGUGGGGGGGGCGGAACCCUCUGGCCUGGCUGAACUCUUGCCGACAUACAGAAUUACUGGCGAGGAAACCAGCCCACAUGCACCGGCCACCACCCCUAUAAGGCAACAGGCCCCCCCACGGAGCAGCAUGGAGGAAGGUGGCAGAGAGGGAGAUGUACCAGGAGAGCAGAGGCGUGGCAGGAGGGAGCGGAACUACAUGAGGAGCUUGCGAAGGAAAAGGAGAGGCGGGGAAAGGGGACUGCAGAGUCAGUGGCUGGAACAGCAAGAGGGCUCCACUGGAAGUGUGAGCAGUAGUGAUGGGGAUGCAGCAGGCAGGGACAGGGAAGGCCUGACCUGCGCCGUGUGCCUGGACAUCUACUUCAACCCCUACAUGUGUCACCCCUGCGGUCACGUGUUCUGUGAGCCAUGUCUGCGCACGCUGGCCCGGAACUGCCCCAGCAGUACCCCCUGCCCCCUGUGCCGCACCCCCAUCUCGCACGUCUGCUUCCAGAUUGAGCUCAACCACACAUCUCAGAGCUGUUUCCCUGAGGAGUACAUCAGCCGCAGGCAGAACUUCAAGAAGGCUAACUGCGCCCAGUGGCCCCUCCCCAACUGUGGGAAGAUCUUUCGCAUCUUAGGUGGGUUCCGGAGGCAUGGUGGUCCUGUGACCCGGCGGCAGUUCCCACACGGCGCCUCGCGGUUGGACAGCCUGGCCUUCGAGGGCGACUCGCGGGGCUGGCGUCUUGACAUGGAUGUGCUCGUCGUCUACAUCUACUCUGUCAACUGGCUCAUUGGCUUCGUCAUCUUCUGCUUCGUCUGCUACUACUUUUUCUCCUCCCUCUGACAGCUGGCCCUACCUGAAAUGUAAGCGAGAAGCCUGCCUGCUGGGCGUCCGAAGCAGUGCCUGUAGCGAGCUGAACGGCAACAGACGGUAGAGGGAUACAAAGGAGCACCUUAACGGCGACGCACUAGCACACUAGCAUAACUGCUUUCCACUGCAUUGACCUCUGACUGUGGCUGUUGCCCUGGAUCCAGGUAUAAGACAGUGUGCUGGAUGGGGUCUGUCGAUCUGCAUGCCAUCGUAGAUGGAAAGCAGUGAUCUCCACCAUCAGGUACCGUGGGUAUGACUGCAUAAGCGCAAAGGUCUACCUCAUGGAUCAGAAUCCGGAUCUGCUGCAGUGGAGCCUCACCUGUCUGCUAACUGUGGCCAUUUUGAAACACCCACACUGAUCCCACCCCCUUUGGGCCCCCUGUCUCAGGCCUGCCCCCCCUAGUGGCCGGUUCCAUUUCCGAAAAUACCUGUGGACUUCAAUGCAGUGUACUGUUCUGUGAGAUUCAGUCCCAUAAUAAAAAGGGUGUCUUGUGGUUACCUUAAAGGUAAAA